AUCCGCCCAUUCGCCAUUUCUUUUUGUUAUGGAUGGUUCUUUUAUUUACAAUACUUAAUCGUGGAAGGUUUACAGCUAAAAUAAACCCAUUUUACGAUUUCUCUUGAUUCAAUUUAACACGAUUUCUCUUACUAUGGAUUAACGUGCAGUCAUGGUGGUGAAUUCAGUACAUUGGUUUCGGAAGGGACUGCGGUUACACGAUAAUCCAGCAUUACAGGAAGCCCUAAAUGGCGCGGACACGGUGCGUUGUGUUUAUAUUUUGGAUCCCUGGUUUGCUGGGUCCGCCAACGUUGGCAUCAACAGAUGGAGGUUCCUGCUAGAAUCUUUGGAGGACUUGGACAGCAGUUUGAGGAAGCUAAAUUCCAGACUGUUUGUGGUACGAGGCCAACCUGCUAAUGUGUUUCCCAGUCUUUUCAAGGAGUGGAGCGUCACACGGUUGACUUUUGAGUAUGACUCUGAGCCCUAUGGGAAGGAGAGGGAUGGAGCCAUUAUUAAAAUGGCGCAGGAGUUUGGAGUGGAGACUAUCGUGAGGAAUUCUCACACACUUUACAACUUGGACAGGAUCAUUGAGAUGAACAACUGCCCUCCGCUCACAGCCAAGAAUCAUCUGCUCAUUGAGAUGAACAGCGGCUCUCCUCCGCUGACCUUCAAGAGGUUCCAGGCCUUGGUGAACGUCCUGGAGCUGCCGGCCAAGCCCCUGCCGACUGUCACUAAGGAACAGAUGGACAGCUGUCGGACCAAGAUUUCAGGCAACCACGACCAACACUACAGCGUCCCUUCUCUGGAAGAGCUGGGAUUCAAGACCCAAGGCCUGGGCCCGGCGGUGUGGAAGGGAGGGGAGUCCGAAGCUCUGGAGAGACUCAACAAGCACUUGGACAGAAAAGCCUGGGUGGCUAACUUUGAACGGCCAAGGGUCAGCAUGUGUUCUCUGAUGGCCAGCCCUACAGGUCUUAGUCCGUACCUACGCUUUGGGUGCUUGUCAUGUCGCGUUUUCUACUACAACCUGCGAGAACUCUACAUGAAGCUACGGAAGCAUUGCAGUCCCCCGCUCUCUUUAUUUGGCCAGCUCCUCUGGAGAGAAUUCUUCUACACGGCAGGAACCAACAACCCGAACUUUGACCGGAUGGAGGGCAACCCCAUCUGUGUGCAGAUCCCCUGGGACCACAACCCGGAGGCGCUGGCCAAGUGGGCUGAGGGGAGGACCGGCUUCCCCUGGAUCGACGCCAUCAUGACCCAGCUGAGGCAGGAGGGCUGGAUCCACCACCUGGCCCGGCACGCCGUGGCCUGCUUCCUGACCCGAGGAGACCUGUGGAUCAGCUGGGAGAGCGGCAUGCGAGUGUUCGAGGAGUUGCUCCUGGAUGCCGACUGGAGUGUGAACGCCGGCAGCUGGAUGUGGCUGUCCUGCAGCGCCUUCUUCCAGCAGUUCUUCCACUGCUACUGUCCAGUGGGCUUCGGCCGGAGGACAGACCCCAGCGGAGACUACAUCAGGCGCUACAUCCCUAAGCUGAAGGAUUACCCUGACCGAUACAUCUACGAGCCAUGGAGAGCCCCGGAGUCUGUUCAGAAGGCGGCCCACUGCAUUGUGGGAGUAGACUACCCCAAGCCUAUGAUUAACCAUGCGGAGGGCAGCCGACUUAACAUAGAGCGAAUGAAGCAGGUCUACCAGCAACUCUCCCACUACAGAGGCCUCAGUCUCCUGGCCUCUGUGCCCACCAUCCAGGAAGAGGCGGAGCCUCCCCUGACAGACGAUUCUCAGGCCAGCGGCAGUACCUGUGAGUCACCCCCCCACACGUCCUCUGCCCAGCCCAACACGCUGAAGAGAGGCAGGCCCUCUGACUCGCCGGGCGCCCCGAAGGCCACCCAGUCCAAACACCAGCACACCACGGCACCCCGUGAGGAGCAGGAGCCCGACCAGGGAGAGUGGGACGAGCAGCAGCAUCUGGCAGAGCCCAUGGAUUCGCAGUGACAUACGGAGCUUGCCAUGUGGGAUGGUGAAUGCCAGAAACACAUGGCAGAUGACCUCUGACCUGCGCUGGACCCUAUCACCCAUGCAGGAUUAUUCACAGAUCUAUAUACAAAUAUUUACGUACAAUAACCGGUUUAAAUGUAGGCUAACGCUAACAUAUGGAUCAGCGACAGAAACUGCAUCAUAAUUGCCAAUAUGUAUAAAGCAGAUUUGCAAUGAGUGUAUAUAGCAUGUUGUUGCUUACACCGUUCCUAUCAGCUUUUCUAAUCUGGCGUUCAUCUUUUUAUUAUUGUACUUUCAUGCGCAAGUGGGCAACUACUUUAGUGACGACAGUAGAACCUCAAAGACACAGCGUUACUGUUUGUUUGAAUGUCCUGGGUGUUUUGGUGUUUUCCCAAACAACCUCUAUAUUUAAUCUAUUCCUGUCUCUGAGAUUCCAUUGUGAAGUAUCUUUUUACCUGUUAUUUUGACUGAUUGCAACUAAGUGAUUGGUAAGUAAAACUAAUAUUUUGCCUGUGGCAGAGGACAUAAUAACAAUCAAUUGGGGGGAAGACGGGAAUCGAUGCGUUUCUAUGACUUACUUUACAUUUAAAGUCUGGUAUUCUCCUGAUCUGUAAAAACGUGUCUGUCAGGAAACAAAACCAAACAUUACCCAGAUGGUCUGUGGGUGUGGCCGCACAGAUGAAAUAAAUGUAUGAAACAUGCAUAUAUUUUGUACAUACUACUACUAUAAUUCUGUCAGCACACGGGUGAGUUUGUUCAAAAUCUUUGUAGUAUUAUGUUCACCAUUAUAAUAAUCUUACAAAAAUGGACCUUGAUUCUCCACGUUUUUGGGAAGCUCAACCCUGUGCUAUGGAACUACCCAGAAGCAGAAUAGCUAUAUUAAGAGGCCUACUCUUUCUAUUUCCCAUUAGCACAAAGACCAUCUGUAGUCAGUUUUGAUUCGCCAAAUGCUGUACAUUCCACACAGUCUCUGUUUCCAUGUUCUGCUUUGUGGAAUGGUUAUUUAUUUGUUUUGUACAAAAGAGUUUAUUUUCAUUAAAGCACUAACAGAAUUGUGACCCA